AACAGCGCAAUUCUGGCAGCCUUGAGGUUCAAGUGGUUUAUGGUCACUGACUUGAGCCAGGAAGCACAAAGUGCCUGUUGCUGCCGCUGUGCAACUUGGGUUUUUUAUUUCUCCUGCAGCUUUAGCUUGGAAGAACUUGCACACCAGGGACUCCCUCCAGCUCUUCUUAGACCCAGGCCUGUGUGACUCUCUCAAGGUUCCACAAUAACGAGUUAUGGGACUGUGAGUGUCUGUGUGUUUUUAUUUGAUUCACACUUACUGGAAAGUGUAUGUGAGAUCGUGGGUGUGUGUGUCAAAGAGAGAGAGGAAGAGAAGGGGAGAGGCCACAGACUGAUUCUGUGGCCUCAGCUGAAGUAUCCCUUAGUCGGCAGCUUUUGUACACAGGUGGUCUUUCGUGGUGCACAGCUCUGAGAUGAAGUCUCCCUGGAAAAUCCUUAUGACGGCUCCUGUAUUCUUUCUUCUGCCCCUCCACUCCUUGGCCUCUUGGGCCUACGAUGACCAACCUGGCACCAGUCACUCCAAUGGCCACACCUGUGUAGGGUGUGUGCUUGUGAUAUCUGUGAUUGAUCAGCUGGCGCAGGUUCACAACUCGACAGUCCAGGCCUCAAUGGAGAGACUGUGCAGCUAUUUGCCUGAAAAACUGUUCUUGAAAACCACGUGCUACCUAGUGAUUAACACAUUUGGAUCAGACAUCAUUAAACUGCUUAGUGCAGAUAUGAAUGCUGAUGUGGUGUGUCACACUCUGAAGUUCUGUAAACAAGAAACUGGCCAACCUUUGUGUCAUCUCUACCCAGUUCCCAAGGAGGCAUGGACAUAUACUUUAGAGAAGGCAAGACAAAUUGUCAAGAAGUCCCCGACUCAGAGAUAUUAUAGAAGUGGUUCUGACAUUUGUUCACUCCCGUUUUUGGCCAAGAUCUGUCAGAAAAUUAAAUUAGCUAUACAAAAUUCUGUGCCAUUCAAAGAUGUCGAUUUAGACAAAUACAGUGUUUUCCCUACACUGCGGGGUUAUCACUGGCGAGGAAGAGACUGUAACGACAGAGACAAGUCAGUGUACCCAGGCAGACGGCCAGACAACUGGGAUGUACAUCAAGAUUCCAACUGUAAUGGCAUUUGGGGUGUUGAUCCAAAAGAUGGAAUUCCAUAUGAGAAGAAAUUCUGUGAAGGUUCACAGCCCAGGGGAAUCAUUUUGCUGGGAGACUCAGCUGGGGCUCAUUUUCACAUCUCUCCCGAAUGGAUCACGGCUUCGCAGAUGUCUUUGAACUCCUUCUUCAAUUUACCAACAGCUCUUACCGAUGAGCUAGAUUGGCCCCAACUCUCCGGUGUUACUGGAUUUCUGGACUCCACCAGUAGAAUUAAAGAAAAAUCUAUUUACCUGCGUUUACAGAAAAGAAACCACUGCAAUCACAGGGACUACCAGAGUAUUUCAAGAAAUGGUGCAUCUUCCCAACGCCUGGAAAAAUUUAUAGAAAGCUUAUCUAGGAACCAGCUGUUGGACCAGCCAGCCAUUGUUAUAUAUGCCAUGAUUGGAAAUGAUGUCUGCAAUGGGAAGGCUGACCCAGUCCCAGAAAUGACCACUCCUGAGAAACUGUACUCCAAGGUCAUGCAGACUCUGAAGUAUCUGAAUUCCCACCUGCCCAAAGGCAGCCAUGUUAUUUUCUACGGCUUACCAGAUGGAAACUUUCUCUGGGAUAAUUUGCACAACCGAUAUCAUCCCCUCGGCCAGCUAAACAAAGACGUGACCUAUGCACAGCUGUACUCCUUCCUGAACUGCCUCCAGGUCAGCCCCUGCCACGGCUGGAUGUCUUCCAACAAGACGCUCCGGACUCUCACUUCAGAAAGAGCAGAACAACUCUCCAACACACUGAAAAAAAUUGCAACCAGCGAGAAAUUUACGCACUUCGAUCUUUUCUACAUGGAUUUCUCCUUCCAAGAAAUUAUACAGGAGUGGCAGAAGAGAGGUGGGCAGCCCUGGCAGCUCAUCGAGCCUGUGGAUGGAUUCCACCCCAAUGAGGUGGCUUCACUGCUGUUGGCAAAUAGCUUCUGGAAGAAGGUACAGCUCCAGUGGCCCCAGGUUCUGGGAAAGGAGAAUUCAUUCAACUCUCAGAUUGAACAGGUGUUUGGAGACCAAGGUGGGCACUGAGCCUCUCGGGAACACACACUCCUGCCGUGUCAGGAAGGCAGUAGCUUGGAUCAACGUACUCAGCACACCCUUAUGGGGACUGCUACGUCACAGGCCCAAAGGAUCUUCCUUCAGUGGCAUCUUUGCAAAAUGCUUUUCUCUUCGAUUAAGAGCGUAUCUGAAUAGCAGUGUGAUGCUGUAUGCUUCGGGGAUCAGUAACCCUCUGACUAUUUCUGAAAUAACCUUUAAUAAAGUGCUUUGGGUGCCAUUCCAA